AUGACCAGCAUUGCAGUUCCGUUGCAGGAGAUUGGGUACUCAAUUCAGAUUCUAACUUGGAAGGUGUCUUUUCUUUAUCAUCAUGUGGGUUUUGGUUCCUAUGUUGUGCAGGUUUAUUCACUCAAAGAUGGUCCAGCUCAUGCUGUUUGGAGAAACAUAGGAUUGUUUGCCACUAUUCUAGCAAUCAGUAAUAAAUCAGAGAUCGCUAUAGAUUGGUUAAACUAUGAUGGUGUCCUUGUGAAUUCUCUCAAGGCUAGGGAUGUCAUGUUGUGUGUGAUCAUAUGCGCAAUCGGAUCGCGCUACAAUAGCUAUUGCUCAAACAUUGCCAGAACAUUUCUCAUUGAUGCAAAUGCAAUGCAGAGUAAGGCUUAUGCGGUUCUCCUCAAGGCCCAUGAGGCAGCGAUAGGUGCAUUGAAGGCUGGGAAUAAGGUCAGUGUUGUUUACCAAGCAGCAGUCUCGGUGGUAGAGAGGGAUGCUCCUGAAUUUGCCUCUCAUCUUACAAAGUCAGCAGGAACGGGAAUUGGUCUCGAGUUCUACACCAUUAUUUUCAAUGAAAAAGCUGCAGAAGUUGUGACUUCAAUCAGCUCCAAGUUAGUUAAGGAUGUUGCAUACUCAUUUAAUGAGGAAGAGGAGGAAGAAGAGCGUCCAAAGGUCAAAGCUGAAUCCAAUGGAGCUGAGGCAUUCUUGUCGAAAGUGACUCAUACAUUUAGGGAGUUCACAAAUCCAUCGUUGCCAUCUGAUCAGACAAGCAGAUCCUCUCUGGCUAACAAGCUAAAGAAGUCAGUGGAGGAUGAAAUUCAUUUUCUCAAGCGAAGGGUUUCAGAACUUGAAAGUGAUCUUGUGUCGAAGUCCACAGAAGUUAUAUCUGCCGUUUCAAGGAAAGAAGAAGCUCUAUCUUCUGUAUUUGCUGAAAUUGACCGUCUGAAGGAAGAAAAUUCUGUAAAAACAUGAGCAUUAUUAAAUGCAUAUGGAGGGUGUUUACUGUGUUGGAGUAUAUUUGUCUCUUGCACAUGAGGGCAUGCCUUAGUUGUAAUUCUUAUGAUAGGUUGAGCAAAGUGAAGUAUUGUUUAUUUAGAAAUGUGAAUGUAGGAUGCAUUGUAUGAUUUGAUUGCUAUUUGUAAUAAAUGCAUCAAAUUUUUUUU